GGCCCUUGGCGGUGCAAUAAUACGACUCGCGAAGAAGUUAAAUACCUAAACCCGCAGAAGAAGAAGAACUGCAGCGGAAUGGCCGGAGUGUUAAAGAAGACCACUGGCCUGGUGGGCCUGGCCGUGUCCCACAACCCCCAUGAGCGUCUCAGGGUCCUCUACUCCAAGAUCCUGGCGUCGCUGCAGACCAUGCCCCAGGACGCCGCCUACAGGAAGUACACGGAGCAGCUGAUCACCGAGCGCUUCAACCACGUGAAGGCGGAGACAGAUGUGGGGCACCUGGAGAAGAAGAUCAACUGUGGGCAGAUUGAAGAAGUCAUCUUCCAGGCGGAGUGUGAGCUGGCCCUGUCCAGGAAGAUGACGGAGUGGAAGCCGUGGGAGCCGCUGGUGGAGGAGCCUCCACCCAACCAGUGGAAGUGGCCCAUCUGAGCCCAGUUCUCUUUCUGACGUAAUAAAACUCUGUUUCUGAACAAUGAAA